CGGGAUCUCGCGAGUACGCCUGCGUCAGGUGCAGUCAUGGAGGUGGAGGAGGUGGAUGUGGAUGUGGAAGGAGAUGUGGCGGCGGCUGCACAGCCCGGAAAUGAUAAUACAGCAUCAAUUUUUCAAGCUCACUAUCUUGAUGCAACGUGGAGCAGGGAAAGCGGCUGUCUUCCUUGGACUCUGGAUAGCACCAUCAGUGACGAGAACAGAGCUGUCAUUGAGAAAAUGCUGUUGGAAGAAGAGUAUUAUUUAUCUAAUAAAUCACUUCCAGGAAAAUUCUGGGUUAAUCAAAAGGAGGAUGAUAAAAAAUACACAAACAGCCUGCAGAAAACAGCAAAAAUCAUGGUACAUUCUCCUAAAAAACCAGCCAAUUAUUCAGUAAAGUGGACGAUAGAAGAGAAAGAACUGUUUGAACAAGGACUGGCUAAAUUUGGCCGAAGGUGGACCAAAAUCGCAACACUAGUUGAAAGUCGCACAGUUUUACAAGUGAAGAGCUAUGCCAGACAGUACUUUAAAAAUAAGGUAAAGUCGGGUAUGGAGAAAGAAACACCAACUCAGAAGAGCAGCAGUGAUCUUCAGGUUAAAAAUAAAGAUGAAAAGAUGAAGGUGUGGGCAGCAUCGAGUUUAAGGGGGCGUGCUGAUCCCAACCUGAAUGCUAUAAAAAUUGAGAAGUUAUCUGAUGAUGAAGAUGUAGACAUCACAGACGAGCUAGAGGACUUGACUUCUCAAACAUCACAGAAGAAUUCUGGCAGCCAUCUUACUGUAGAUCUUCCUAAUAGUAAAAUGUGUAAGACCAGCCGAGGAGAAUUAUGCCAAGAGGGUUCAUUAGCUAAGUCUUCAGGAGACUGUCUUCAGAAUGUGAAACAAAGUGAAGCAGAAGCAUGUUCAAGCUCAGAAAUUAUAUCACAGGCUGAAAACCAAAACAAUAAUGGCAAACACUCAGUUGAAUUAAAUGAGAAAUACAAUAAACCGGUUGAAGAAUACACUAUACAAGGUGGAGAAGAACCAACAGAGGAAGCCAAGCACUCACUUUCUCCAGAGCCCUGUGAGGCUCAGAAGGACUCAAGUGGAAAUGAAAUGCUUUUGCUUCCUUGCCAAAUGGAGGAGGAAAACCAUGAAGGAGAAGAGCUUAAACCACCAGAACAAGAAGUAGAAAUUGAUAGAAAUGUCAUUCAAGAGGAAGAAAAGCAAGCGAUUCCUGAGUUUUUUGAGGGGCGCCAAACUAAAACACCAGAACGCUAUUUGAAAAUUAGAAACUACAUUUUGGAUCAGUGGGAAAUAUGCAAACCGAAAUACUUAAAUAAGACCUCAGUACGUCCUGGCCUGAAGAACUGUGGGGAUGUUAAUUGUAUUGGACGGAUUCAUACAUACCUCGAGUUGAUAGGAGCAAUCAAUUUUGGAUGUGAGCAGGCAGUAUAUAACAGGCCACAACCAGUUGAUAAAGUACGAGUGACUGACAGAAAAGAUGAAGAAUCAGCAUACCAGCUUGCCUGGCGCCUGCAGUCUAUGCGAACAAGAAGACGUAGGGUCCGAGAUCCAUGGGGAAACUGGUGUGAUGCAAAAGACUUAGAAGGGCAAACAUUUGAGCAUCUGUCUGUGGAGGAGUUGGCAAGAAGAGAAGAGGAGGAAAAGUGCAAACCUAUUAAAUUUUCAAAAGCUUCAAAACUUCCAAAAAGCUCAUUUGAUCCCUUUCAACUGAUACCUUGUAAUUUUUUCAGUGAAGAAAAGCAGGAACCAUUUCAGGUGAAAAUAGCUUCAGAAGCACUUUUAAUAAUGGAUUUGCAUGCCCACGUGUCUAUGGCAGAGGUGAUUGGCCUUUUAGGAGGAAGAUACUCAGAAGCUGAUAAGGUCCUUGAAGUCUGUGCAGCAGAACCAUGUAACAGUCUGAGUACAGGACUUCAAUGUGAGAUGGAUCCUGUAUCACAGACACAAGCCUCAGAAACCUUGGCUCUUAGAGGCUACAGUGUUAUUGGGUGGUACCAUUCUCAUCCUGCAUUUGAUCCUAAUCCGUCUUUACGAGAUAUUGACACACAAGCCAAAUACCAGAGUUACUUCUCCAGAGGAGGAGCAAAAUUCAUUGGAAUGAUUAUUAGUCCAUAUAAUCGAAGUAAUCCUUUACCAUAUUCCCAGAUUACUUGCUUGGUUAUAAGUGAAGAAGUUAGCCCUGAUGGUACCUAUCGUUUACCUUACAAAUUUGAAGUACAACAGAUGUUAGAAGAACCUCAGUGGGAAUUAUUGUUGGAAAAGACAAAAUGGAUAAUCGAAAAGUACAAACUUUCUCAUAGCAGCGUCCCCAUGGAUAGACUCUUUCGCCAGGAUUCUGACCUAACUUGUCUGCAGAAACUUUUGGAGUGUCUAAGGAAAACACUAAGCAAAGUAGCCAAUUGCUUCAUCGCUGAGGAAUUCUUGACUCAAAUAGAAAAUUUGUUCCUUUCCAAUUACAAAAGCAAGGAAGAAAAUGGACUGGCAGAAGAGAACAGUACAAAGGAAUUGUUCAUGUAAUUAUUUUAAAGUAAUAUGUUCAAAUCUUACAUGCUACUGUAAAUAAUUGAGAUUUUAAAGCAAUAUAAAUUGAAUAUUUUUUUUCUUUAAUCCAAAAAACUCUGAACUUUCCCACAUAAAUAAUGUGAGAGGAAGAGCGACUGGCUUGUUGUCAUAGUGGUCAUCAGGAGUGGUAGACCUUGCCUGUGCAGUGGCCCUGAGGGCAUGACCUCUGGUCUGCUGUGUGGUGUGCAGCUUGACAACUAGAAUAUGGCCAAGCUUUGCUCUUUCUCCAAAGGAGUGUGUGUCUCACUUUGGCAUCUUAUCUCAUGAGACAUACUUACUUUCUUCCCAUACGUUCUGGGGGUGAGAUUUUUGUGUGUGUGUGUGUGUGUUACUUGGAUGCUGCAGCCUAGGUGUGGAACAAGUUAAUGUGGUUGAGAACUACUAAUUAAUAAAUCUAACAGCGUGCUCUAAAAGGCCAACACAGCAAAAGGGAAACAUCCUUAGAAAUGUUUAGACAGGAGACCACAGGGGAGGAGAACCGAUUUUCAGUCCGCUGUCUCUGCUUCAGUCUUAUUGUGUACCACUAUACUACAGGAGAGUCAGCCUCCUCAGAGAUUUAAACAGUUAAAUGAAUUUCACAAGGGAAGUAAUUAGCUCCAACUCUGUCCAGUUGCAGUAGCAUGUGAUAAAAUCUCAUUGAACUAGACUUGGUAAUGUAACCCUAAGCCUAGCUUUUUUUCCCUACUGUCAGGAGAAAGAGACAAAUUAUAGUCAAGCUUAAAUCAGAUAUUGUAAUAGAAACAAAAAGACACCAUCUAGUAUUUUACAUAUUUAACCCAGUUUCAUAUACUUUCUAAAAGGAAAAUUAAACUUUUCAUGUAAAAUUCAAAUUGUUCAUGUAAUUAUUAAUGCAUAUUCCUGCUAGCUGGAGAACUGGUGUUUGCCCCUUGUUCAGACCUUCUUAUUGGUGACAGUUUUGUUAUACUGAAACUGAUUGUGAGUGUAGAGUUUUCCUUUUUUUUCCUGUUGUUGUAGUUGUAGCCAAAGGAGGAGGCAGCGCUGGGUGGACUGACUACAGUCCUGGGUGGCCUGAAUCAGAUUUGGGCUGUGUGAUUUGAAGAAAUGAAGUUUGCUUUCUCUAGGCCAAGUUUGUUUCCGUAGCUGAGGCGAAUCCAGCCCUGAGUGUUGUUGCAGCUCUGAUCUACCUGCUGACUUGUAGGCUGUUCCUUUGGAACUUCACUUGAAGAUCACAUGCUUCCCAAAUCAAUGGGUAGUUUUAAAAGAAAACUAGCAGUUUUUGAUUUCCCUCUGUACAUUUAAUAUGAACAAUGAAACAUACUUUGUAAAAUCCUCUUGAAGCCUGGAAGUAUAAGGACUCCAGAGCAAAAAAUCAGGCAUCCCGAGCCCUCUACCUAAUGUGCUCAAGCUUUGGUCCGUGACCAUGAUCCAGUCUCAGCUCUCUAACUCAUCAGUUGAGAUUCAAAGAGCUGAAUUCUGUAACUUGGUGUCACUUCAAGCACAGAAGGCUACAAAGUCUGUGGCAAUUCAUUCCUUUGUGUUUUCCUUCCUCCUUGCCUCUCUUCAUAGGCUGUUGGAACAGACCCAAAAUGGAUGAUAAUUAACUUUCUUGCUGUUUUCCUAGAAUGUUGUUGAAUUUAAAAAAAAUUUGUUCUCAAAUCUGGACUUUACACACUCCAAUGGUUAACUGUAUUCACUACCCUGAGCUAUUCAUUGUAAGGACUCAAGGGAUGGCAGUAGUCAGAGUGUCGGGGCCUUGAGAACAAAAGUUUUUAAGCAACUAUUGAGGAAAAAAACAACUAUUUUCUAUCUAUAGAAUAUAUUUGUAAUUUAUCUUAUGAAAUAUUUUUAAAUAAAGAGAAAUAUAUACAAAGUGCAGAAAUCUCAAACCUACUGUUGAGAAAAUAUUUUACAUAGGAAUUAAAUUCUUAACCAGUUUUUAACAGCGUAAAUUCAGAACAUUCAGGGUUAUUGUUUGUCUGUUUUUGUUUCCCAUCUGUUCUCUGUGGUGCCUUCUUUUCUCUUGUCCUAGUGUCUACAUGCUUUUGACAGCUGCAGAUGGCCCCUCUGCCACCUUUGGCCUCCUGAGAAUAGUUAGAGCCAAGACCUUAAAGAUCACAGAUGAGUCUGGAGCUUGAGGGGGCAUGUAACACAGAAGUUCAUGAAAAAAAAAAACAGGAAGGAAGGAAGAAACAAAGAAGGAAGGAAAGAAAAGUCCUUCCCAACAAGGUUUGCAGAAGUGGAGGACCAGAGACACCUGAGUCUUUUCAUCCUAAUUCCUGUUUUUAUUGGUGCAUACAACUGUAAGAUGAGCUUAAAUUUUGUUUCUUAUUCUGAUAUAGCUAAGGAAACUUAAUAAUAGUACUUCUCCCAUAUUAGACUUACUGUUCUACAAAACUAACACUCAAGAAAACAAAACCAGUGAAACAAGACCAGUAAGGUAAAACCCCGGCCACCAUUUAACUUGGCCAUUCUUCUCCAGUUCUUUUAAAUGUCAGGAACUGCCAUUCAGAGAGCUGGUUUGGCCACGUGCUCAGUGCUCAUGAGGUUUUAGGUACUAAGCACUUUUGCUUACUUGGACUCCUUCCAUAGAGAAUUUAAAAUUACAUUUUAUAAUUGUGUUUGUAUAACAUGACAGUAUUCACAUUUUGGAUUAAAAUAUUCUUUUAAUCUAAAACUUGGAUUAUUUUUCCUAAUAAAAUUAAGUAAAACAUUUGUUAUACACCCUUCAAAAUUCCGAGAGUCUGAGACUGUCCCUGAUGAAUGUUUUGCUCUGCCUAUGUGGGUUGUUCGAAAAAUGCAACAGUAUUCUCCAUCCCUUACCAUACCACUCAGUUAUUUAUUCCACUCCAGCCAGGAGCACAGCAGCUCCUCCUGUCACAGGCCUGGACAUCUGAACUUCAUUCUUUCCCAUCCUAGACAGAACUCGGUGUGGCUCAGAUCAUUCAUGGGUGCAGUAGUUAGAAAUCAGUAGACAGGAAUUUUUAUUUUGGUUCCUACUUUUACACUGUGUGCCCCACUUCACAGGGUGAGGUCCCUUUCUUCCCUUUCAUCUCAAACCUUUAUAUUCAUCUGUUCUCACAGCUCAUAGCUAUAAGAGCUUUAUAUCAUUCACUAAAAAUAACUAAACAGAGCCACUCAGAAAAUCCCUGCAGUUGUUUAUUGUUUAGCAUUGGCCCGGGCUUCUCCACAGAAUGUUCCUUCUCUGAGGCUUGGGUAGGUGAGGUCUAUAGCAUGCAGACUGUAAGCACAUUGGGCUCUCCAUUUCUUAGGACAGAGAAAGUGGCAGCCUCAGGAUUCCAGUCUAAGCCAUCUACUGCUGUAUAAUUUACCUCUUUAGUGUACCUUUUCCUGUGUACAUUGCUGAGUCCUGACGGAAGGCACUGGAGAAGCCAAUAGAAACUGUACGCCCUCUGCUCUGUGCUCUGCUCUGUACCAGCAGAAAGCACCUGCUUGUAAUACACACUUGCAAUUCACCAGCAGACAUCCCAUGUGGAUUUCUCAUCAGUAGGAGAGGUGGCUCCCCAAAUUUCCCUUUUUCUACUUACCAGCAAGGCACGUAAUCUGGUGUCACAUGACAUGGCAUGGAGGAAAGCACUCCACAGAAUCACAAGAAAAGCACAUACGUUUUGAUGAAUAUAGACUCUUAUCAGCGUUAACAAACUUAACAACGAAACUUCGUCUCUAGUUUCACAUUUGUUAAUAAUGCUCUUAUGACAAUAUAUUUUGUAAUAUGUCCAGAAAAAUCAGAAUAAUGUAACAUCCUUAGAUGAUUAUCUCCUGACAUUUUUGGAAAAGUUUUAUGCAUGCUUUCAUUACCUGUAACUGCUUUUUGGCAUCUCUUCUACCUCAUUCCCUUAUUCCCCCCACCAAAAUCAGGAGGAAAUAAAAGCAUCCAAUAAGAACUUAAAAGGUUCUAAAUGAAACUAAACUUUAAAGCUGAAAUUAAUUCACAGCAUCUGGGUAGCUUUUGUUUUUGUUCUUUGCUGUUUCUGUCAUAUAUUCAUGUGAGUUCCACGGAAAAUGCCUGUUUGUUGUCUCUGAGGUUUCCUAGUAGCUUUUCCAGAAAUCCUUAAAUAUGUUCUCACAGUUCAUAUUUCCUGUUUUAUGUAUUAUCAUAAAACUGAGACCUGCAUGGUGGUGCACACCUUUAAUCCCAGAACUCAGAAGCAGAGGCAGGAGGAUCUCUAGAGUUUAAGGUUAGCCUGGAACAGGACUAUAUAGUAAGACCCUAUCUUAAAAAUAAAACAAAAAGAUCGUCUGCUUUAGCAUAUGAAUUCUAAAAUUGUAAUUAUAUUUUAGCAUGACUUAUGUAGCUGAGUCUUAUAUUACCUUUAAAUGUGUAGAUUGGUGUUGACUUGCACAGUUGUGUUGUAUAUAAGAUACUGCAUGACAGUUGAUGAACUUGUUGCUUUUUCCCAUGAUAGUAACAGUUUUGUGAAUUUUUUCACUAUGCAUUUACAGUGUUGUGUAACAAUAUGACUUAAAACUAUUUUAUACAUUUAAAUGUUAUGUUGUAUAUAUCUACAUUAAAGAGUAUUAUAAAUAUCAGUGUUUGUAAAAUUAUAAAAGAUUUUCCCAAAAAUAUAAACUCAUCUUUCCAUACUUUCUUGUGAUAUAUUAAAAAUACCAAUUUUAAGCUUUGACAUAUUAUCUUGUAGUGAAAGCUAAGGAAAAACAUGCUGUCAAGUCAAUGUAAGCAAAAUUUUGAAAAUAAAACAGGUGGUUUUUGAUGUCUUUGUAAA